AUGACGUACGCCUACAGUGGCCGUCCAGUGGUUGUAAUUGACGGACAGAAGAACUGGACAGCACCCGAGACCUUCUCCUUCGCCUUCUUCAAGUCCAUCUACGCCGACGAUUCCCCUGUGCUAGAGAAUUUCGAGAGAGAUUGUCAGUUCUUCCCUUAUCAGACGGAGUUCCGCAACCUACGACACGUCUUCAACAUGACUGCCGAGAGAGCUGAGAUGCGAGGUGACCCCUGGUACAUUGGCUGGAGUAACUGCGAUUCAGCUGCAGCCAAUAUCCUACGGGUGCACUACGAGCGUCCUUAUUUCCUGCCUCAGGCGGCCGAAUCCUCCAAGACGGAUUGGAUUUUUAUGGGGACUCCUGGCUACGGCGCCCAUCUGCACAUCGACCACGUGGGCAACCCGUCGUGGCAAGCCCAAAUCAGAGGCAGGAAGCUGUGGACCCUGGAGCCCCCGCCAGAGUGCUACUUUGAGUGUGUCCCCAUGGAGGUGGUGGUGGAACCGGGGGAGAUCAUCGUGCUGGACACCAACAUCUGGUACCACAAGACGCUCAUCGUCUCACAAGAACUCAGCAUCACCAUUGGCUCAGAGUACGACUAGAAGACGAGGGGGAGGAGAAGGAGAUGAAGAAAACAGUAAAAGAGAACGAGGCAGGAGCAAGAGGAAGGAAAAGACCACAAGGAAGAAGAGUUAGAAGAAAGAGGAUUGGGAAGACAAAGUAAGGUAGAAAGGAGGAGAAAGAAUAGACUACAAAAUAAAUACGAGAAGAGAAAAAGUGACUGAAGAAGAAAGAAAAGAAGUGGAAGGACCAGGAAGUAGAGAGCAAAAGACAAAAACUUGAGGAAUGAAAAGGAAGAAGAGGAUGUGGAAAAUGAUGACCAAACGGAGAACAAAUUCCAGAUAACAAAGAAAACGGAAUUCAAGAUUUAACUGAGACGGGAGGUAAAUUUUCCACUUAAAAUUUUUCAUUAUGUUGAUUAAAUUACUUUAUCAGGAGCUUCAGGAAGGAUAAUUAACUUCUUCACUGGCUUCACUAAGUAUAUAAACAAGCCUGGCGAUGGUGUAGA